CUGUUCGUCUCCUGUUUUUUUUUUUUUUCGAAAUUUGCGCUUUUUUUAUUGAAUAAACCUAAAUCAACAGACAAUCUAACUAAAGCCGACAGCUGGAGAUCGAAGUCUGAUUUCACUCGAAUACCAUUGACUGAGGCUGCUAAAGACAGGUGCGGGUGAGUCUUCCAGCAGCUGAAGCCACGAAAAAGUGAGUGGCGCAUUUUUACAGAAUUCUAAAGACGUACAUAUAUUUGGCUUAAUUUAUAGUGUGAGUAUUGGACCUAGAAGCAACAAUUAAUCGGCUAAUCUUUGCCUGCGGAAGGCUAACCACAAAUGACUGCCUAUGGAAUAACAACCAGAGCUGAAAUAAACCGCUUAGGGGCCAAUUCAAUGGUUGUGGCUCUUCUGUUUUAAGCCGGCGACGACUUCUUGGCUGCUGCAUCUUAUCGCGGCGGUCAAUAAAUGUGCCCCAAAGGACAAACACAACAGUCACAGCUACAGCUACAGCAACAGCCACAGUCACAGCCACAGCCACAACAACUAAAGCAGUGGAAAAGCCGCAGAACUCAACCACAACAAGCCACAAUCGGCAAUCAUCAACACUGGGGCGCCACAGACCGAGGAAGAAGAGGGCGCCGGUUGCAUUUGGACAACGCCAACGAACCAGAAACACCCGCGCAUAAGCCAUGACAGCUGUGCCAGCCGCCCCUUCUGCUGCCCCAACAGCCCAGGCACCCGCCAAGCACUGGCAUCAGUCAGCUAAGACUCUGAACGCCCUGCUGGAACUGCCCGCGGAGAUGGAACUGCGCCAAAUUGAGUUGAUCUAUCGGGCGGAGGGUAAUGCAAAUUUGGUGCUUGCCUUGCCGCAAUUUAAAAAAGUUUUACGUUUGCCAAAAAUGAUAUCCAGCAGACAGCAGCCGCCGCCGCAGCAGCAGAAGCAGGCGGAGGGGGCAGAGGAGACGGAAGAGAUUGUGCGGCCGGAAGAGCAGUCCGAUCCAACUGCUGGAGCCCGAGCCCGGGCAUCAACCGUAAAAGCUGGCGACUUGACAAUGCCGGAUUUUAUGGCUUAUAUCGGGAUAAUGUGCCGUCUAUUAGGAAAUGAGUUUGUCUGCGGAGCGGAUAUUGUUGCCAUACCAAAGGAAGACGAUAGAUUCUGGAUAAACGAGCACAUACGCGCCCACAGACCGGUUGCGCGUCUGGAUAAGGAAUUUGUGGGACCAUUCGGGCUGCUCCUGCCAGAUGUGACCCAAUUGCCUGCCACGUUCGACGUUUUACUUGGCAAUUUACAGGCAAAGGGCACAACAGGAGAUGGCACAGGAGCAGCAGGAACCGGAGCAGGACCAACAGCAACGGCAAGGGCAGGAACAAGAGGUGUCCAUCGUCUGGGCGAUACAUAUGCCAUUGAAAUAAAACCCAAACAAGGCUGGCACCAGUUGGCAAGUGAUGUCAACGAUUUAUUUGAUUUAAUGCCAGCCGGAGCAGAGACAAUGCCAAAGAGGAGCAGGGGCGAGAAGGAUCAGGAGGCAAUAGGAGUCGAGAAGGCGACCCGAGCAGAGUGCAGGUGUCGCUAUUGUGGCAUGCAGCUUUUAAAGCUACGCAACGGGAAAAUCAAACGAUUGGGCGACUACUGUCCUCUAGAGUUAUUCUCCGGCGCACCCAGUCGUAUGCUUGAUGCCCUGCAUGCACUUCUCGCCUGCCCGCAAAAUAAUUUACGUGUGUUUCAGGACGGCAAUUUAAUUUAUGGCGAUCACGCGAAUUCGAUUUCCUUCGAUGAAUUGCACUCGCGUGUCUUUCCCGGUGAAAUUAUGGUGCUUAUAAAACAUUUGCUGGUAGCCUGCCUGCUCAGGGAAUACAGCGGUGGGGUGAGUGCAGCGCAUAGCUGCGACCGGGACCGCAGUGGCAGCCAGAGUCAAAGCCAUAGUCGCGUUUCAAUUGGGGAAAUGGAGACAAGAGCUGGAGCUGGUGUAGCUGCUGGAAUUGGCGCCGCUAAUGUUGCCAGGGCGGAGGAUGCCGAUGCCGAGAAGUGGCAUGCUGACUCUGUCAAUGCUGGUCAAUCCUCCAGGAGGACAAGAGCAGCUGCUGAAAAACCAACGACCCAAAGGUACACACAGCCAACCCGAAUAGAAGUGGAAACAACUGCAGGAGCAGUAAGCCAACAACAGUGCGGCAAUGUGUUUGCAGUGGCAACUCAAACGGAAACAAAAACGGAAACGGAAACACAGCCAACUCCGAGUACAUGUCGGAAUGAGAACCAGAAUCAGAAUGAAAAUGAGAAUCAACGUGAAGAACAAAUCAACAAAGCGGAAAUAUUUCGCUUACCAAAAAAUUGUGUGUUGCAAAAAAUUUUGAAUUUGCAAUUGCUGGUAAAGCACCACUUCGAUUAUAUGUGGCGAGCCAACUACGCCCGGCACUCGCGGCCCACGUAUGACGCGCUCAGAGGACUGCUGGCCCUGCCGGGCACCGAUGAACUCCAGCCGGAGCAGGCGUACUUGCUGGGAGCCACGGCCUUGGACUGCUCGAUUAUGUUGACGUUCCAGGAAGUGGAAAUCGACUGCGAGUCGGAUGGUGGCGCUGACCAGGACUCGCGUAGCCUUAGAGCUGAACUGCUGCAGCCGUGGCUCGUCUCCCUGCUGGGUCAUCACUUUCUAACGAAGCUCUCUGUGCUGGAUUUGGAUCCGAAGCCCGAUAGUCACUUUCAUAAAUUCAUAGAGCAGACAUGUGAAAUUGAAAAGUGCUGCCGAGCAUUAAAUUAAUUAAUAAAGUUUGCUCACAACUAAAA